UGAUCCCCUCUCUCUCUCCCACAGUGUGUGUGUGUGUGUAUAUGUGUGUGUAGAAAAAUACAGUUGUAGAGAGAGAGAGAGAGAGAGAGAGAGAGUGAAAACGCGUAAAGGGAGAAGAGGAGAGAGAGCGGAACAGUUAGACGGGAACGGUUCAUUUACUACAAACUUCGCCGGGAUCAGAAGUUUAGCGUUCUUGACUCGGUGCCUUCAAAUCAACAGCGGCGGCGUUCAAGCUUUCAUACCUUCUUCUCCUCCAAUAGCUGUCUCAAGAACUGUCUCCAGUGCGGGAUAGAGAGAGAGAGAGAGCUGUUCUUUUUCCCCAGUCACCGUGCACUUUGCGCCCGUGUCUAAUGGAGGGCCCCGUGCGGAUUUGCCGUCAAGAGAAUGCGCUUUCCUUCUAGCGUGUCAGGCUGGUCGCGGCUUUUUCCCUCCUGUAAGAGGAGUGAAGUGUGUGUGGAAGGGGUGUGUUUGAGGCCCCUUGUUGGUGCACAGAGGUGAAACUGUGCCAUGGAGGACAGUGGCCUGAGAUUACUGUCUGCUGUGCUGUGUGUGUGCCAUACCCUGCUCCUCAACUGUCCAACUGUUCUGUCUCUCUCCUUCCGUGUGGAGCCUCUCUCUGUGGUACAAAAGCAGGGCAGUACUGUCCAACUGCGCUGCACGGCUCAUCCCGCUACAGCCAGACUCAACUGGCUCUUCCAGGGCCAGCCCUUAGACCUUGCAGACCAGCUUGGGGUAGAAGUCAGUCCAGGCUCCCUCUCACUGUCCUCCCUUCAGUCGAAUCUCACAGGCUCCUACCAGUGCAUGGCUUACUCCAAGACGGGCUCUAUUGUCAGUCGCCAUGCCUGGGUGCUUAUUGCAGGUAUCGAGGAGUUUUCAGAGACCCAUCGCAGGUCAUUAACAGUGACGAAAGGUGACACUGCUGUUAUCGAAUGCCCCCUCCCUCGGAGUAAUCCACCCGCUCUGCCACGCUACCGGAUACGGGGAAAAUGGCUGGAAGAAUCCACAGAUGAGUAUUUAAUCCUGCCCUCUGGGAACCUUCAAAUCAUCUCUGUGUCUUCAGAGCAUCAGGGCAUGUACAAGUGUGGUGCAUUUAAUCCUCUUACACGAGAUACUCAAGUAGAGGCCCAUGGCACUAAACUCAUAGUCAAAGGUUCAGACGGCCCUUCUCAUGCAAGGAUAGUUUAUCCCGUCACCCCUCAGAAUCUGUCGGUGGAACAAUCCAGGUCCCUGACCCUUGAGUGUGUUGUAUCAGGAAGUGCAUCUUCAAAGGUCAGAUGGACUAAAUAUGGGGCAGAGCUAUCACUGAGCUCCAAACAGAUGUUGUUGCAUAGCAACCUGGUGUUGAGUGACAUUCAGCUGAGUGAUGGAGGCCUUUAUUGCUGCUCUGUUCUGACUGAUCAUGGAGCUGUGGUCAGUGUCAACUACACUGUGAAUGUACUUGAUCAUGUGAGCAUCCUGCUAGGUCUGUUUGACCAGGCUGUGACCAUGGGCUCUUCCGUGCAGUUUACCUGUGCUGCCAGUGGUAACCCCACCCCCAACAUCACAUGGCUGCUCAACUCCACCCCUCUCACUUCCUCAUCCCGCCUCCAUAUCUCUGGCACCUCCCUUCACAUCUCCUCAGUGGUGGCUCAAGAUCAGGGAAUCUACCAGUGUUUCUUUGACAACGGAAUUAGCUCUGCCCAAUCGGCAGGCAGACUCAGUGUCCAGUUAGAACCCCAGUCUAGUUCCAUGUCUGGAGUUCCCAUGGAGACACAGCCAUCCAUCCACCCUAUCCAGAGUGAUGAGGGGGAUGAACUCUUUUCCCUAGGGGAGGAGGAGCUUGGAGACACCAAAGGACCACCGACUGAGAGAAUCAGUGACAAGCCCAGACCUGAGGCACCAAUCAUAGUCAGCCCACCUCAAACGCACAAACCCAACAUGUAUGAUCUAGAGUGGCGAGCAGGUCGAGACUGGGGCAUCCCUAUUAAUGCAUACUUCGUAAAAUAUCGUAAGGUGGAUGAUAUGGGGAACGUGGUGGGGAACUGGCACACUGUGCGUGUCCCUGGCAGUGAGAAGUCUCUGCCACUGUCUGAGCUGGAGCCGUCCAGCCUGUACGAGGUUCUGAUGGUGGCCCGCAGUGCUGCAGGAGAGGGCCAGCCUGCCAUGCUCACCUUCCGCACUGGCAAGGAGAGGGCCUCCCCCAAUAAGAACCCCUCCAAGGCCCCGUUUGUGUCUAUUCCAGAAAAAGCACCGGAGGAUAAAACCACUAAUACGCAUUAUGGAGUGGUUAUUCAUGAUAGAGUUCCUGAGGCCCCAGACCGUCCAACUAUCUCUAUGGCAACAGAAAGCUCGGUUUAUGUCACAUGGAUCCCACGAGCCAACGGCGGGUCCCCAAUCACAGCCUUUCGUGUGGAGUACAGGACGCAGGGACGCAGUGGUGACUGGAUCAUUGCAGCCGAUAACAUCUCACCCCUUAAACUGUCGGUGGAAGUGCGCAACCUGGAACCAGGUUCCACAUACCGUUUCCGUGUCAUUGCCAUGAAUAACUAUGGUGAAAGUCCCGCCAGUGCCGCCUCCAGGCCAUACCAGGUCUCCCUUUCGAAUCCACCUGUUUCAAACCGCCCGGUCACUGGCCCGCACAUCUCUUCCACCGACGCUGUCAGCGAUACUCAGAUUAUGCUUCGCUGGACUUACACUCCUUCCAGUAACAACAACACCCCCAUCCAGGGAUUCUACAUCUACUACCGGCCGACAGACAGCGACAAUGACAGCGAUUACAAGAGAGAUGUGGUGGAAGGCUUCAAAUUCUGGCAUAUGAUUGGUCAGCUCCAACCAGAGACAUCCUACGACAUCAAGAUGCAGUGUUUUAACGACGGCGGCGAGAGCGAAUAUAGUAACGUCAUGAUCUGUGAGACCAAAGCCCGUCAGCUUCCAGGUGUGCCCAGUCAACGCCCCAUCACCCCUCCAGGCACGUACCCGGUUGAUACGCCCAGCCAGCCAGGCGGUCUGCUCUACCUGAUCGUGGGCUGUGUUCUGGGUGUCAUGGUUCUCAUUCUGCUGGUCUUCAUCGUCAUGUGUUUGUGGAGGAACCGUCAGCAGAACAGUCUACAUAAAUACGACCCUCCGAGUUACCUGUACCAGUCUGCGGAGAUGAACAGCCAUGUUCUGGAAUAUUCCACCCUGCCUGGCUCCAGCCAUGUGAAUGGAAGUGUACAUACAGGCUGUGGGCACACUGCUUCCAUGAUGCCCCAGGCCUGCCAUCACCUCCACCACAAGCUACCCAACGGACUGGCUCUGCUGAAAGGAUCAGGGGCCCUCUACCCUGCUGGGCAUUCCCACACACAUGACACCUCUCUACCCCACAACACCAUGGAGUACGAUCACUCACACCCUCACCACCUUCAUAAUGGUGGUGGUAUAUACACUGCUCUGCCCCAGAGCGACUCAUCUGACUGCAUGAGCUGUCAAAACUUCUGCAACAACAACAGGUGUUACACCAAAACCAAUGGCACUUUUUCGGGCGGCACUCUCCCUCUAAUGCACCGCGUGGCGGCACGCCAACCCGACGGACUCGAAAUGGUGCCUCUCAACCCCGUUCUGUCUCGCUGCCAUGGACGUGACAGCUCACAGCUCAAUGGCACCCUAGAGAGAGAUUCAGCCGAGGAGCCAGAGGGCAGCAAGGCUCCGCCCCUUUCCCAGAAUUCUCCUUUUCGGCCUGUGGAAACGAAGUCCAGCCUCGAACAGCAGAGAGGAGGACAGCCCGAGCAGCAUGAAGAUUCGGAGGGUCCUGUGGUGUGUUGGGAACGGCUGGGACUGCCUGAUCUGGACUGUAAGGAAAAACCAAUCUGGAUCUCUAAUGGAAGCCUGACCGGAGAUCUCAUCCAGCCCACAGCGCAGGAGAUCUGAACACAGUUUUAAUGAAAAACACACAUGAACACGGCAAACGUGCAUGCGUUCACAAAACACACGGAAGAGAAUGUAAGAAAUGGGAACGUGGCUGAGUUCAAAUCAGGAAAUGAUCAGUGAUGGAAUGGUCAGGGACAUUAAACUGACUGAGUACAGAGCUGGAACAGACUGAUAAGAGAAAGAAUUAUGGAAAUAAACAGAAUGAAAAGGAAAGGAUGAAGAGACUUUUUAAGGAAGGAUGGAGGAAUACUCCAAGGCUGAAACGGUCCCAUUUGUGGGAGGACUUUUAAAAGCAAAAACUUAGAUGACUUAUUUAUUUUUUGUAGUAGAAAAAUAUUAUUUCAUAUGAAUGUAUCUGUUGCAAGAAAAAAGUUUGUCUUUUAUAUUAUUUAUGCUUUUGUUUCGGAUGAGAUACUUUUUAUUUUUUGGUGUUUAUUUGACUAUAUUUUUUUUUGUUUAUGUUCCACACAGUGUGGAGUUUAGCCAUUGUAUGUGUAAAGUUUUUUAAUAAUAUAAAGAGAAGAUUAAGUA